AUGACUUUCUUACAGUACAUUCUUGGAACAUCACCCACAGAGCCUUCUAUUAGAAUUUCACGAUUAGCGAAAGAUGACGAUGAGAUUUAUCCAGUACACACUUUUGACGACCCAGGGAGAAACGAAGUAAUCGUAACAUCUUGGACGAUGCGCUUCAAUGAUGUAUUGGACAAAGACAAACUCCACAAAUCGCUUGCCAAGCUUCUGGAAAUCGGGGACUGGAGAAAAGCUGGAGGCCGCCUCAGACAGAAAAUCAAAGUAGGUCUCGAAAUCUAUACGCCACGUACUUAUACAGCCGAGCGUCCGCCUUUAUCAUUCACAAGUCAGACAUACAACAUGGCUAUAGAGGAUCAUCCUCUUGCAGCACGACUGCCUGCAGCUUCCGAAAAGCCACAUCUGCACCCAGCCCCGGAAGAAUUUCGAGAGUUCGCAGCUCCGCCAGGUGCACCAGAGACUCUCGACAACUACCUUGCGGGAGACAUACCGAUGAUAUCGCUUCGUGUCACAUCCUUCCAAAAUGCUACACUCGUUGGAAUUGCUUGGCCACACACAUUGAUGGACGUCAUGGGUCAGCAGGCAUUACUGCGCGCGUGGUCUCUUGUGCUGGCAGGAAGGAUGUCUGAAGUACCACCCAUGCUUGGUGCUAGAGAAGAUUUCUUAAUCAAAGCCGCCGAUAAAUCUGGAAAAUUAGAGGAGGAUUACGUCCUAAAGCCUCAAAUCAUGAAGACAUGGGCGUUAGUGAAGGUUUUGUUGAACCUUGUUUGGGACCUUUGCUGGUACAAGAGCGCAGAGACUCGGACAAUUUUUCUACCCAAGCGCGCAGUUGCCAAUUUACGACUCGAGGCUCAGAGACAGCUUCCUGGAGAAGAGGAAGUCAGCGAAAAUGAUGUACUGACAGCGUGGACGAUACGAGCAGUAGCUUCGGCUUUGCCAAAACCUCGGUCGAUAACUGCAGUACACGCACUUAAUGCCCGUUUUCGACUUCGUUCACUUGUUGAUGCGCCAGGCAUCUUUGUCCAGAAUAUGGUCGUGGCUGCUUUCACAUUUGUGGAGCAUUCGAUUGCGAUCGGACCUUUGGGCCCAAUCGCACGGCUGAAUCGACAACAUCUGCGAAAACAAGCUACUGAAGCUCAGAUACUCGCGAACCUCCGUGAGCUACGAAAGCAACCGCCGGGGCGCGUUGAUCCUGUUUCGAUGAUAUGCGGAGACCCUGACGCAUUGCUCAUGCCCUUUACCAACUGGUCUCGAGCCGACCUGAUCCAUGCAGUGGACUUUGGUGAUGCAGUUCUCAAAGUGGGGGACCACGGACCUUCUCGAAUCAAUCCACCUGGCACUUUUGUGUACCAUCAUGCCGCAGCCAUGAAACCAAACCCAGCAGCACGGAAUUUCAUCAUGGUAUUAGGUCAAGAUCAUGGUGGCAAUCAAUGGAUCACCGGAAUCCUGUUACGACCAGCCUGGGCGAAGAUCGAGGAAGAAUUGAGGAAAAUGUAGCAUCUCAUAUUACCAAGAUUAUCUCUAUCUGGCCGUGGGUUACUUUUAACAUUGGAGCUGAAAUAUAUUUUGCCUGUUGGUUGACUAAAUUAGUGAUCUCCUUUCGUCGCACCACCCGGUAACACCUCUCUUGGGAGCUCGUUCGGUCCCGCUGGUGCAAGGUCUCAUCAAUGCAAGCUCGUAAGGAUGCGCAGACGAGAGCGGCCAGGGGAUCGUGGGCAGGGGCGCAAGCCAUGGAGGGGGACUGGCAGUCCCACGUGACAAUGUCGGCCUUGAAGCCUACUCGGAGGCUGCCAAUGUCAUUGGCCUUGCCCACGGCACGGGCAGCAUGGGUGGUGACGAGC